UUACUCCUUUCCUCAUUUCUCCUUUUCUCCCCAUUCUUCCCUCAUUCAUGGCCACGACAUCCCCAUCCACAGGCGGCGGCCCGGCGAUCUGCUCUGCGCCGCCCCUCACUCCUCCUGGCGACGCCGGGUCCAUCCACCGCGUGCGCUCUCCUCUUCCUCCCAAUGGUCGCCUUGCUCCCCAUCACCUACGCCCACUCUGGCAGCCCCCAACCCUAGUUCUCUCACACCCUGUAGGUUGAGGAGGAGUGAGGCUUCUGGGCGAGGAGGUGCUGGUGGUGGUGCUGCUGGGCGAGGAGGCACUUGAUUUGCGUUCGCCGGCGCUGGAUCCGCAUGCGCCGACGCUUGAUCUGCUCCGUCGUGGCUCCGGCGACCUUACCAUGUGGCUCCGGGACAGGAAGGCUACCCCGACGACAUACAGGAGACCUCAACACGCCAAUGGAUGCAGCCAGCCUCCAACUCACCACGCACCUGCACCAACUUGAUGUAGGGAGAGGAGGAGUGAGGCUUCUCUCACGGGAGGACGCCCAGCCAUGGGGCAGCAACAACCCAAGCCAUGAUACUUUCAAUCACGGACCAAUCAUCGCCGGUGCAGGCAUAAUCUAUCAUGAUCUAGUUAAUGUACCCUCAGCAGCCGUGCUUGAUAGGAGGGGCCAGGGAAGUGCUUUAAGUCGUUCCAAGAAUGUGAGACAGUGUCAAGUCUGUAAGGCAAGUCAAGGGGAUCCUGUGGCGGCAAGAUCCUUCAGCGGUGCAGGAGAUUAAGGGUUCCAUAAUCGAUUCCGCGCCUGUUGCUGUCCCCAAUUUUCAGGGGGUGCACGUCCUGACUGGGUUAUGAUCAAUACCUGAUGUUUGGUUGUUGCUUAUAUCCUGGAAGGGGGUGGGGGUCCUGCUGGGAGUGGUAGGGCCCAUACGAACUCCUGUAAAAAGAUGUGAGAUCAUUAUAUUUAAUGGAGUGCAAGACCAUCAUUUAGAAUAUGGAACCAACAACCUCGAAAUGUAAUGAUGUACUUUGUAAUAGAUUCAAUCGCAAUUGUCGCUUUCAAGAGGCCUCAUGCAUAGGGUGUAUUUUCUUAUGGUCAUAUGAUUUUGAGGGGACAUCUUUGUAAUAGAUUGAUUCUCAAUUGUCGCUUUCGAUCAAGAGGCCUCAUGUAUAGGGUGUAUUUUCUUAUGGUCAUAUGAUUUUGAGGGGACAUUGGCGGUAAACAUGUAGCUCUGUAGUUUGUAAUAAUAUUCAUAUAGAUUAAUGUUCGGAACCAAGAGGUCACAGUCAGUGUGAAUUUUAUAUGUACAUAUUAAUUUGACAGAACAUUGUGGCAAACUACAAAGAUUUGUUUCAGUCAUAGGUUAGGUCAGUGGUAUCAAAUUUUCAGUACCAUGGGGAUCUGCUGAGGAUCCGUGGUAUGAUUUCACUUGCUCAUGCACUUUAUAAUUGGUUUUCAUAACAUAUGCUCACGGCAUAUGGUUCAUCUCUUGCAUCGAUUACAUGGACAAUCAUAGAUCCUAGUAUGUGGAUUAACCAUGGUUUCACUAUUU